UUAUCCACAGAGAGCCAUUGCUCGCAAUCUGCUGAAGAUUUAUUCGACAAAUUAAUGAGUAAAUACAACCGAUUGAUUCGACCAGUAGCUAAUGAUUCAGAGGUGCUGGAUAUAUAUAUCGGCCUUGCCCUGUCACAGCUUGUUGAUAUCGAUGAGAAGAAUCAGAUCAUGGUUACAAGUAUCUGGUUAAAACAGCAAUGGAAGGAUUACAGACUAGUGUGGAACCCUGAAGACUACGGGGGUAUAACCUACAUCCAUUUUCCCAUCGAGGAUCUAUGGGCACCGGAUCUGGUUCUUUAUAAUACAGCGGAAGGUGCAUAUGCUGUAGAGGUGCUGAACAGUGCCACGGUGUUCUACGAUGGGUUAGUCACUUGGAAACCACCAGCCAUCUUUCGCAGUUCUUGCGGCAUCGAUAUUGAGUACUUCCCCUUCGACGAGCAGCGCUGCAUCAUGAAAUUCGGUUCCUGGACCUACGCCGGUGACGUCGUUGACCUGAUCGCUCUGAAGGCCAACGUCGAACGAGAGAACUACCGAGAGAAUGGUGAGUGGGAGAUCGUGGAAGCACCCGCAGCCAGGUCCGCCAUCAAGUACCCCUGCUGCACGGAAAUCUACAUCGACGUCACCUACACAUUCGUGCUGCACAGGAAUCCUUUGUUCUACAUCAUCACCUUGGUGAUCCCCUGUGUGCUAAUCUCGUUGAUGACCGCCUUGGUGUUCUACCUUCCCUCCGACGCUCAGGAAAAGAUCACCCUCUCCAUCUCCGUUCUCCUUGCUCUGAUUGUGUUUCUCCUCUUGAUCCCUUCCCUCAUUCCACCAACCUCAAAGACCAUACCCCUCAUCGGUCGAUACAUGCUUUUCACAAUGGCCAUGGUGUCUCUGUCGAUCCUUGCCACAGUCGUCACCAUCAACGUCCACUUCCGCAGCAUCACCACCCACGAGAUGCCUCCAUGGAUGAAGAAGUGGUUCUUGGAUUACCUACCUCGGGCGUUCUGCAUGGAGAGACCUGAUGGACUGAAGGCUAGGAAGGAGAAGAAGAUGAAGAAGAAGCUGCAGAAGGAAGCGAUCAGGAAGUACAACAACCCUUACAUGUACUCUCCCUCUUCAUCGUCAGGCGUGUGGGAAGAAAGAUCCGGGAACUAUGGUCAGAAUGGCAACUACAGAAUGUAUAAUGGAAAACCCUACAAUAAACUAGAGCUCCGAACGAUCACACCAUCCCUACGGGAAGAGAUCGAAGGCCGUGAAGUAGAGAACACCACGAUGCGACGAUUUCGAGCGGACUCAAGCGAUUCCGACGACGGUAGCUCAAGGAGUCGUGAACGAGAGUGGAAAGCGCUCCUCGGAUCUCUUCAGUAUAUCAAAGAUAACAUCAAUUACGAGGAUGAUGUUGACCAGUCGGAGGAAGACUGGAAAUUCGUAGCCUUGGUCAUCGACCGUAUCCUUCUAUGGGUCUUCCUCUUCGUAGCCGUUCUGGGUACGAUAGUCGUCUUCAUCGAGGCACCCAUCUUCUGGGAGAAGAGCGAUACCCAUCCCAAAAUCGUCUACGAGGAACCCAUCCUCCUUUCCAGUCUAACAUCCGCCGAAAUAAAAGCAGGGGCAACCGCAUGAUAGCUGCUGAACUAUCGACGUCAUUAUAAGAAGGACAUUGGAAUCCACCGUUACGCCAUGAUUUAGCCUUUGCACGGAUGACAUUUUAAAGAAAGGAAUUCCUCUUCGAUUAAGAGGUCCGUAUUCUAAAGUCGGUUUAAUUUAAACUUUGGUUUAAAGUUGUGGGUUAACUAUGGAAUAGCGAUAGCGGCAUAAAUCUAUAAAAGUAUGAUUUCAAAAUUAUCAGCCCGUUUUACUCUCAAAUCAUUCUUAAAGGAUAAGUCCACCUCAACAAAAAGUUGAUUUAAAUAAAAAGAGAAAAAUCCAACAAGCAUACGCUGAAAAUUUCAUCGAAAUCGGAUGUAAAAUAAGAAAGUUAUGAUAUUUUAAAAUUUUGCUUAAUUUCACAAAACAGUUAUGCACAUCCUGGUCGGUAUGCAAUGACGACACUGAUGACGUCAUCCACUCACUAUUUCUUUUGUACUUUAUUAUAUGAAAUAUGAAAUAUUCAAAUUUUCUCCUCUUUGUCAAGCGAAACACCGAUUAAUUCUUCCCUGAACAUGUGGAAUUAGCAUUGUUUGAUACUAUGGUUCAUUCAAGUUGGUCCUUAUUGUCAAAUGUGUAAAAGAUGAAAUAUUGUAUAAUUCAAACAAUAAAAAACAAAAGAAAUAGUGAGUGAAGGACAUCAUCGACAGUCUCAUAUGCUUGUCACUGAAUUGUGCAUAUCACUGUUUUGUGAAAAAUAAACUAAACUUUAAAAUGUCAUAACUUUCUUAUUUUACAUCCGAUUUUGAUGAAAUUUUCAGCAUUAUGCUAAUUUGAUUUUUCUGUAUUUAUUGAAAUCAACAUUUUUCUGGGGUGGACUUGACCUUUAACUGUUUCGGAAGGAUAAAUACGAUAGUUUUCUUCACCAUUCAACAUUUAGGAAAGAGCACAGCAAACAUAAUACAAUAUAAGGACAAUUUCGACAUUUUGGGCUUUCCAUCAUUUUUGCACAGAAGUAGACCAUAUUGUCUAAGUUAAACCUGACAUCAGAAUAUGGCCAUAGUGUUUAUACUGUACGUGUAGUCGUUAGAUUGGAAACGAUAUUAUUUGGGCUUUAGGCUUACCAAUAUUUUCUUUUGAACUAUUAUAUAGAAGGGAAAAAAGAAAAGAAAGCGACGUCAGUUUUAGAUCGCCUUGUUCCUUUUAUCGGAAAUUCUGGCGCCGCCCCUAAUUUAGACCACGGAGAAACUAUUUGCAUCUUCUGAAGUACACGGCAUGUUUUCAGUACCACUGUUAACAGGUCAAUACUCAUCAUUUCAACUGUCUUGCUCAGACUUACUUUUAUUAAUUAGAAAGUGUGCUGGUGUAGUGCUUUGAUUCUCGCCUUGCCUCAGAGGGUCAUUUGUUCGAAUCCCACCGCGGUUUAAUCGUCCUCUUGCAAGACUUCAAUAUACACUAUCACACUCUCAGGUAUAGGAUUCGAAAUCCGAUAUGGCAUCCCCGGGCACUGUUGCACAAAAGUUACCAUUAUGGUAUUUUGCCAACCAGUUGUAACUUGCAUUUGAAUCCUUGAUUUUGAUUGGUUGUUGAGCGUUGUUACCAUGGUAGUUACAAUUGGAUGGUAAAGUUACCGUAAUAGUAACUUUUAUCCAACGGGGGCAUGGUAUUUGAGCUUGAAGUCACUAGCCUAACACAGGAUGACGGUACACACAAUAUGUCGAAAGUGGGUUGAAACCGGCGUCAGAGGCGGCUGGAAAAAAAGUACUUGUUUGCUCUGUUUAUACAUUGUAAAUAUAUCGUCAGCGACACAGGAACGGCAAUAAAAGGCAAUGACCCGCCCUUGUUAACCAAUUUAUUACUUUUCUAAUUAUUUACUGCAUAUUGAUGAAAUGUAUAAAUAAAGUGUAAAUAGACAAUUAGGCUGUAUAUUUUUAGUGACCUACAAUGAUUAUGUAGAAUUUACAUAUUUUUUGUAGCAUUUUGAAAAGUCUUUUUUAUACUUGUAAAUAGUUUAUUUUACUGAACAAAUUAACGAUGACGCUCCCCGGCCAGCGUAUUACGCUAUUAAUUUGAUCAAUUUUAUGAACAAGAUAAUUCAUUACUGUUAUAUGCAACGUCAUGCACUUGUAAAAUGUGCUUAUUUCUUUCUUGCACUGAUCUUCUGAUAAAACCAAAGCCAUUAACAUUUUGUGUAUUUUUUCUUAUUAUCUUAAUAAAUACCUGCUCGUCUUUGGCUCAAUGAGAGUACACAGUUGACAUGUAAGAAUGUCAUAGAAUUAACGUUAUUCUGGCAGAAUUUCGCAUGACUGCAUUUAAUAUUAUUUUUAAUCUGUUCAGAAGUUGUUUCACGUCUACUAUGUGUGCUAUCUGUCUUUCAAUAUCAAGAGAACAAUUUCCAUCUGCAUGACUGUAUCAUUGUGCCUUUUAUUCUUUUUGUGACAUCAUGAUUUAUGUGUGACUUGUGAUGGAACUAAUAAAAGGAUACACAUAUUAAA